AUGCCUUCAGAAGCCGGACACCGCCGUAAGGGCCGUCACAUCAGCUACCAGCGUGGCAAGCGCAACACCACCCCAGGUACCAGCUUGAUCCAAAUCGAGGGUGUCUCUGAUACCAAGGGAGCCAACUUCUACCUCGGAAAGAAGGUUGCUUUCGUUUACCGCGCGUCGAAGGAGGUCAGAGGAUCAAAGAUCAGAGUUAUCUGGGGCACAAUCAGCAGAACACACGGCAACUCCGGUAUGGUACGAGCCAAGUUCAGAAACAACCUCCCUCCUAAGUCUUUCGGUGCCUCGGUCAGAAUCAUGUUGUACCCAUCUUCGAUAUAA